UGGAAGUAGCAGCUGAGAGAGAAAAAAGGAGGGGGGAGGCGAAGUUGUGAAACAGUUUUCCUCGAGUUACUCAGCAUUUCAAGCCAACGCCGGAACGAUGUUGAUCUAAAAAAAAAAACAACUUUGAAACUUUAGAAGUUUUGUUGUUUUUUUCCUGCAGAAGGAAGGACGAGGACCGCAUAAAAAGAAAGCAAUGCUUCAUCUGGGAAACUUCACCCAUUUCCAUCUGAGCUCCAAAGGUUCAGAGAGCGCACAGACCCCAAAGCAGCUGACAACCCUGCCUGACUUUGUGAAACAUGUGAUGAAAGUCACUGGACUAAGAAAGGAAGAUAUUUUCUGUAACCUUCGAGUUCCAGACCAGCCUCAAACAUCCAAAGAUGACAUCAAUAUUGUGAUCCUCACAGGCCAAGGAGUUUUCUGCAUAGAUCUGAAACCCUGGAAGGGGACGGUAUCUGCUCACAACCCAAAGUGGCAUGUGCAGGUGAAAGAGGAGGACGGCGACCUGAUCAAUACCUGCAUUGAGCAGAUUGAAGAUCCCCUUAAAGCUCUCAUGAGUAAAACUAUGAACCUAUGCAGCCAUUUAAAGAGGAGUGGAGUUCCAGUGCACCACAGUCUCUUCUUCUCCGGGAUAGUCUUCCUCUCCCCAGAAUGCAUUCUAGAAGAGGAGUUGAUGAAGAGGAAGGAACUGGUCUUGCACAGCCAUAUAGACGAAUUCCUCCAAUCUUUUAAGGAAAGCUACAUGACCUGGAUUUCAGAUGCCUUAACUCCAUCCUGGAUCUCAGGUCAUCUGUCGUACAGGCAGAUGGAGGCAGUGCGGGAGGUCCUGAGAAGGGUGGGAACCUGGGAUCUCUUGCAGCUGCACUGUGGUGAGCAGCUGAAAGGAGACUAUCAGGGCUGCCAGUACAUCGCCCUCAACCGCCAGGAGACCUGCACACUCGAGUUCUCCAGAGUCCGGACCCUGUCUACUUAUACGGUGUGGGCCCUUCUGGGACACACCCCUCAGGUUACUGUUAAAAUGUACAAACGCGGUUCUCAUGGGUGGCUGGGUAAGUCCCUGAACGCCACCGCGACCAUCCCCUCCAGUUCUUUUGUGAUGUUCAGGAUCAGAGGAGAGUAUGCAAAUUCCAGAAUCCCAGCUAGCACCAUUGAAAGCAUCACACUCAGCACAUGAUGGAGGCAGCACAUAUGAAGGAGGACGGCCAUGACAAGCAGGAACUAAUACACAAAUGGGAAAAUGUAACUCUUAUCUCUUGGCACUUUACCAUUAAAGGUUUGUAGGGAUUUUUAUAGUCUUUUUUUUUUUUUUUUAAAGCCACAUUUUUCCUUCUAAAUCUGCAAGUCAUAGUUUCCCAUGUCUUGAAUUACUAGAGCUGGCACACACUUCACUUGCUGCUAAUUAAUCAUUAUGCUGGCUGAUCAUGUCACUUUAGUGCAGGCAAUGAGGGUUUAAUGUGUUAAUUGUGGCAGUUAAAAACAAGUGGCCUCUGGCAUGAUGAGGGCCGAGCAUGUUGCUGCUUCUCUGGCUGUAAUGGGAAGUUAUUUAAAGCCUGUUUGGAGAGUAUAAGGUGCUUUAUUAAUAUACCCCACCACACAGGGGAGAUGAUAGUGCAUGAGCGUAGCUGCCAGCACCAUUCAUAACUGCAUCUCAGUCACUUUCCAUCAGUUACCAAGCUUACACAGCUGCGCUAACAGCUAGCAAUUAUAUUUAGCAGGCCUGGUAGCAGCCAAAAUGAUGUUAGGUCCAUCACAAUAUCACUGCCUUCAGCUAAUUCAAUAUAAGGAGCUCUUUCUGUUGAUGUUAUCUUUUUGGAAGGCGUCUUCACGUGAAACAUCAUUACGCUGAACCUGAGGCUCCUCACUUUUACAGGAUGCCUGUUUACUGUUUACCUGUGGGGGGGAACUGGAGUCAUAUCUUUUUAGUUUUGUGUUUAUAUAUGACAUAUCAUGAUCUGUCAGUUAGCAUAAUCAACUCUGAUCAAACAUAUGAGCAUUUUAAUUGUUUACAUGAUGUAGCAAAUAAAAACAGCUACUUCAAAUACUUUAUAUAUUUGAUUUUAGGAUGGGAAAUUACAGUAAAUUGGCUAAAAAGUGCAUGCAAAUAUUAUUAUAAUUUCAUUUAUCAUUAUUGGAACAUUUUGUUGUCCAAAUGCAAAUUCUUUCACAUUUUUAUGCAUUAUAUAUUCAUGCAUGUUCCUUUUUUUAAAUGUUACUCUGUGUGUAAUGGUGUAAUAUUUUGGAGAAAUAAACUAUUUGGUUAGUUACCCUUGAA